CUCGGCAGUCGGAUACGAGUCACCCUGAGCUUAUUCGAUUAGGGGGAUCACAACGCUCGAAGUGUCUCGCUGGUCGGUUGCGAUAACUCCACCACGGCGGCCUUUCCUAUAACUCCCUGUAACUGUCACAAGUAUGAGCACCCGGCCCUUUAGCCCACAUCCUGGCCACAUGGGAGACAAGAAGCAGGCGACCGAGAUCGACAGCCCCGGCUUGAACACCGCGUCGCAGCUCCCAGGCCACGUCGAUUGGUCGAGCUAUGCAUUCCUCGAGUUGGACGACUCCAGCCUGGAGCAGGAAGAUCGGACGUUCCUAGCUAACAAGGGAAGUCUGCAUGUGCCCGAGCCUGCAGCCCUUGACGAGUUCGUGCAACGCUACUUUCUUCACCUCCACCCUACUCUACCAGUCCUGGAUGAGGCAGAAUUCUGGGGUAGCUAUACACAGCGCGGUAAAUCCAAAAUACCGUUGCUUGUCCUGCAGGCACUGCUAUUUGCGGGCUGUCCGUAUAUUAGCAUCACCACACUCCAACGAUGCGGCUUCCAUAAUAAAAAGGACGCAAGGAGCCACUUCUACAUAAGAGCCAAGCUUCUCUUUAAUCUCGCUGAGCAUGAACCCGUCGCCCGAACCCAAGCGGCCAUACUCCUCAGCCACCAUGCGUCUGCUGUAGAACCACGAGCCGGGAGCGAAUGGCUAACAUUGGCAAUCCAGAGCGUUCAUCUUAUUGAUCGAACGCCGGCAAAGCCGGCAACGGUAAAUCCAAUGCUGAAAAAGAGGCUCUGGUGGUCAAUUAUCCUCCGCGACCGAUAUCUCUGCCUGACGCUUCGUCGUCGGACUCAAGUACCAGAAAUUCCACCGGGGCUGGACCUGGUCUCAUUUGACGAGAAUGCUUUCUCCCAUGAAAUUCACAAUUCGUAUGUCUACGAUGCACAGACAAAGGCGAUUCUGGUGAAAGUCCUCAAGGAGUAUUAUGAGCUUGCCUUGGCGCUUUCCGAUAUGAUGGCACUUGUUUAUGGCACUCACGGAAUGAACACUGUCUCACUUUCCAGAGAUGCUUGUACAAGCAGGUUAAAUAAAGCCAGGUCUGCCAAAAGGUCGUUGGAGGAGUGGAAGUCGUCCACCGUCCUUCCUAUACUGAUGCCGCAGACCACCAAUGAGCCGGUUACGUUAUUCGCGAACCUGAUUUACAUGUACUACUAUGCCGCACGCAUCAAUCUUGGUCAUUUUGAAAUACUCGUUAUGCAACAGCAGCCUGGGUACGUCUCUGGCGACGACGAGAAAUUACAAAGGACAACAGGCGAGCUCUACAGCUACAUGUCCCAGCAAACAGCCAUAAUGGAGUAUCUCAGCCACUGUGGAAGUGCCCACAUCCUUCCACUGAGCGUCCUUGGCUGCCUCCCCAUGCCACUCCUCACAACAGCCAUCAACAUCAGCCUCUCCCCAUCGCCACAGCAAAGGGAAAUCCACAAACGCACAAUCGACACCCUCGGCCAGAUCGUCAAGCACCUGGAACAAGUCUACGAGGCCGCAGCCAUGAUAUCGUCGGGGAUGUCGCACUUCCUGCAAUUAGCGUACACAACAAUCCAACUGCAGUCACCCGACUCUGACCCUGUACUCCCAACUAGCCUGGAAGACUGCUUCGAUGAACACCUCCCACAUGGAUCUCCAGAGACAGUUGAAUUGGCUCGCACGUGGAGGGACUUCCUCCUCCAAUCGCCAAGAGCAUACCUCCUCAUCUCAACAACAGUUGACUUCAGUCUGUCACAUGGGAAACUCCCCCGGACAGACUCCCUCCCAGAUCUCCUGACUUGUCUGCUCCCUGGAAGUCUGAGAAUAUGUCUUCCGUGGGAUAUCAAUCCCACGUCUAGUAUCCCUCCUCCAAGUCUAGUCCGCAGGGAGCGAUCGCGAAUGAAGAUUAUCAAUCGCCUCCGGAUGCAGCAGGAAGCGAAGAAACAGGCUGAGGAAGAGUUUAAUUUGGAUUAUUUGGACUUGAGCGCGGUGCAUUAAUUUUGUUAUUUCAUGGGAAGUGACGGUGGGAGGUUCAUACAUAGCGCAUAGGCAUAAUUCAUAAACUGGACUUUCGAUCAAUACAUCUCCGCAAAGAGAG